AUGGCUUUGGAUGCAGUACAGCGUGCGCAUGAUGCUGAAUUAAAAAAUAUUAAUGAAAAAGUUCGUAGUAUUAGUGGUAAUAAUAUAAGCUCUUCUCAAACAAAUAUCUCUGCCGAACCAAGAAUCGAUGUACAGUCUACAAGGCAGAGUAAAAUGUUGGAGCAAAUGAGUACAGAAUUAGCUCAGUUGUCGGCAUUAUACUCGGCAAAAUGUCUGGAGAAUUCUCAGCUUGAUGAGAAGAUGUCUUUAUUGCUGGCCGACAAAGAAAAUCAGUCAUCGUUGAAUGAUGUAGAAACCCAAAAUAGACGCUUGCAUCGUGAAUUACGGCAAAAAGACAUAAUAAUUGAAGAGCUGAGGCAGACGGUGGCAUUUCUGGAACGUCGAACUGCUGAUUUGACCGGUGAAGAACUUCCUGUUAAAUAUGAGGAACGCGUAGACGACGUACCGUUAUUACGAGAGGAAUCGGUGACACACCGAACACGUCAAACUCACUUUCCAACUCUUCAGCAGCAGCAACAGCAACAACAACAACAGAUAGCUCUCAGUUUUCCAUCACUCAACAACAGCGACAGCAUAGUAACACAACCAACAGCAGUCGUUUCAUCGAUUUGGCAUCUUCCAUCCGAUCAAGGGGUCAAAUUUCGAAGAAAUCGUCAAGUGACAUCAAAAAUGACUUCAAGACGUAAUGAUGUUCGAUUCCAUAGCAAUCCAGCGAUACCAGUAAGUGAGAUGACAACCAAUUAUUUAGCCAGUGAAUUACGACGUUCAAUGAUUAUUCCAGUGAGUGAACGUCGAAAGUUCUUUGAAACGAUCGCUGAAUACAGUCAUCCUUUCUAA